GCCAUGCUAAAGCGGUCGAAUCGGAUGGAACAACCAGCAUGUGCUCUUGGACCUGAUGAGAGGUUUCUGGGAUAUUAUGGGCCUGGAGCGGGCCCGGCAGGCUUGGAAGCAACUGGAGUUAGGGUGGCAGCAGGGGAGCUGUGGUCCUCUCUCCUUGCAGAGGAUUUUUCCCAGCAGCUGGGGAUGUUGGAAGAAGCCAAUGGGAUUGGAGGGAGUGGGGUUGGCCGGGAGAGUGUGGGUAGAGAGGGGAUGAUGGAGGAGGAGGGUGGGAUGGAGAUGGGGAUGGGGACAGGGAUAGGCGAAGACAUAGCUGGCGCUGGCCUUGUUUCUCAUGAUAGUUUUUUGGCUGCGGCAUUGGGAUUGGGGGAAACUGAUGGGUAUUAUCGAUCGCCCCACUACCACUCCCAGAAACAUCACCAGCAGAAAAGGGAGUUCCAGCAGCAACAGCAGCAGCAGCAGCAGCAGCGACCUGGGGUACUGCCACAGAGCCAGCUGCAGCAACUAGACCCAACUCUUACACCUCCGAAUACUCCCCACCCCCUUCAAUCCUGGCAAGUCACAGCUGCCGCACCUCUCUCCACAGCCACACCUCACCGAAGCAGCCCUCCAAACCAAGGUGUGCCGAGCCAGAUACAGUCAGGAGAAGAGGAAAAGACAGGAUUUCCUGUGAUGCUCGCUGGUAGUGGAACUGGCAAGGUCACGAUGCCAAGAUCCCGGGAGCCUAGUCAGCCAGCCACGCCUCUUCAUGCAUCCAAUGCUGCUGUGCCAGCUGCCCCCUCCUCCCAGGGUCAAUGCAGUCAACGUGGUCAAUGGGGCCGGGAGGCAGGUGUUGUGAUGGGUUUGGCUCCAGCAGGAGCAGCAGAGGCAGCAGCGGCAUCAUGGGCAGCAGGGGCAGCAGAGGCAGCAGCGGCAGCAGGGGCAGCAGGGGCAGCAGCAGCAGGGAUUUUAUGCAUGGAGAAGGCCACGAGUCUAGGCGUCCAACAAGCAUCGGCAGGACAACAUGCGUUGCCGGUACAGGAAGCAUCGGCAGGGCCAGUCCAGACACACGCAGAGCCACAAGCACCGUCAAGCCAAGCACACGCGGGUUUAUGGAGAGUGCAGGUGACUGGGAGAGUGCUUAUGAGCGUUGAAGGUUCCUCCUUGCCGCGCACAGACGAGGCGGCAGUGGUAGUCCCCUCCUCUAGGCAUGCUGGUAUGCAGUAUGCUGCUGGCAUGUUGCCGCCCUUUGGGGCACAUGUUGAGCAGCAUGAUGCCGACCAGCAUGAUUACAGCAUGCAGAAUGCUUCUACCAUAAUGCCGCCUUUCGGGGCACGUCUAAAGCAGCAUGAUACCAACUGCCAUGAUGACGACAUGCGGUAUGCCUUUACCAUAUCAAGGAGCUCGUCUCUAGUCGUGAAUCUGCAUCAGCUUCAGCACUACCAGAAGCAGCAGCAGGAGCAAGAGCAGCAGCAGCAGCAGUCGCAGUCGCAGCCACAGCCGCGUCCACAGCAGCAGCGCCAUGUGCGAAGCUCCCCUCAACGUAACGCUGUUGACCGUAGGGCUGGUAGAAAGAGCAAGGCUGCUGUUGCUCGUUGCUCUUCUGCAGACUUGACAAAUGACAUGGCCCCCGUGACGGAUUGGAAGAAGCCCUACCUGGGAAGGCAUACCCCAGCGUCGGAGCCUCAUUUCGAGCCUGUGCCUGUGUGGGGUCGAAGCCACACCGUAUCUUUCCCCCUGGAGUCGCCUGCCCCUAGAAAUCCAACCCCAGAGUCCCAACCCUCCAAAGGUGACAUAGGUGCUGCGGGUGGUACAAGCGCUGCCGGUUGUGCUGGUAAUGCUGGAGGUAUGGGUGGUGUGGGUGGUGCUGGUAAUGCUGGUGGUGUGGGUGAUGUGGCUGCUAUGGAUGGUGGUGCUGCUGCAGGUCUUUCUGCUGCAUGUGUGGGUAGUGGAGAGGCUGGGGAUGGCAGCACGGCAGUUGAAGGGAUACCUGCUGCUGCAACUGCUGCCAGUGUUCGUGGUGCUGGCGGUGCUGCCAGUAUUGCCAGUGCUGCCGGACCAGGCGGACCUGCCGGAACUGCCUAUCCCCUUGCCCGUUCUCUCAGAACCAGCCCAAACCUCCCUCUGCACAGGGUGAGGCGAACGCGGUCACGGGACCAGGGGCCAGUGGGAGCAGGACAGCUGAACAGGGCAAUGCUGCACAUGGCAGCAUACCCGCCAAGAGCGCCUGCUAGCCGGUACGGUCAGGGGCUACUGAGGCGGUGGGAGGAGCAGGUGCGGGGCCCUGCUAGCAAGUACGGACAGGGGUUGAUGGAGCAUCCGCUGCAGCUGAGACUGUUGGAGGGACAGCAGAGGCCGUGGGUGGAGGAGCGGCUGAUGGUGCAGCAGCAGCAGAAGAAGCAGCAGCAGCAGCAGCAGCAGCAGCAGCAGCAGCAGCAGCAGCAGCAGCAGCAGCAGCAGCAGCAGCAGCAGCAGUUGGUGGAGGCACAGUCCCAGCAGCAGCAGCCAAUGCAGCAACAGCAGUUGGUGCAGCAGCAGCAGCAAGAGCUGCUCACUCCUUUCCAGCGCCCUCUCUCCUCUCGCAGCCACUCCGUUCCCACUCUGACCUCUCCCCUCUUGACCUCUCCCCCAUUAACAUCUCCCUCUCCCCCCUUGACCUGUCCCCCCUUGACCUGUCUCCCCUUGACCUCUCCUCUCUUCACCUCUGCUGUCGCCCACAGUGCCUCUGCCUUCCACUCUCACCCAUUCCUUCCCGCUCCUGCUUCUCCACCUACCAUCUUCGACAAUACUGUCAGCCUGCAGCACAGCAACACAGAGCAGGGUGUCAGCGAACAAUUGGCGGUGAUGCCCCCCCCAGCUGGGGAGUUUGAUGGCACAGAGCAGGACAGUGCGGCCAGCAGCGGCGGGGAUGUGUUCAUGCAGGAAUUUGCAGCAGAGGAAUUGGAGGCUGCGUACAGUGGUGAUGCUGCUGCUGCUGACCAGCCUAGUGCUGACCAGCCUAGAGCUGACCAGCCUUUUGUGUACCAGCCUACUGAAUACCGGUCUAUCAUGGAACACCAUAUUAGUGGGUAUCAGCAUAUCAUGGCAGACCUCAGCGCUCCUCUGCCUCACCCCUCAGUGGACGUGGUCCUUCUGGAGAAUGUGCAUUACACUGCCUCUGCUGCCGAGCCUCGGAAUUCCCCGGAAGCUGUGCCGCACGCUGCCUCUGCUACCGAGCAUCCCAGCUCCCCGAUUUCCCGGGAUGCUAUGGCGCAGGCUGCAUACUCUGCUCGAGGUACCACCUCCCUGCAUUCCCUGGAAAAUCCGCUGCACGCUGCAUUUGCUGCCCGGGGUCCCAGCUCCCCACUUCCCCUAGAAAACAUACAGCACGCUGCAUUUGCUGAUGGGGGUCCCACGCUUACCUACCCACACUCUCACAUCAAGAGUACAGCCUAUUACAGGUACAAGAGUAAUUCUGCUGCUGUUAUGAAGCAUUUUGGAGCGACAUCUAUAGGUCUGGAAGUUGGGGGAGAGGCUACCGAUGCAGGAUGGUCAGCGUAUACAGGAGAUUCCCAUCACGAAUCGGGGAUUGCCCCUGGUGCUGGAAUAUACACCAUUGACGCACUAGAGAGCUUUUUGAUGGAUCAUGGGGAGUGGAGGGAGCAAGAGUAGUCGUGUAAAAUGAGAUUUAUCUUAUUUGUUAUCUGCUCGACUAUUUUUAUGGGUAGCAUUUUUGUUCAUGUCAUGUCAUGUAGGUAUCCCUAAUAAAUUGCAGCAAUAUUG